AGGAGCCAUAUUAUCAUCAAUGUCCAAACAAAGGUUGCAAGGUAAGGUGGCUAUUGUGACCGGUGGAGCCGGCGGAAUAGGAGCAGAAGCAGUGAGAAUAUUCGUGGAAAACGGGGCAUUCGUAGUCAUAGCAGACAUCAAAGACGAAAUGGGUCACCAGUUCGCAACAUCAAUUGGCUCAGACAAAGUGAGUUACCACCCCUGCGACGUGAGAGAUGAAAAACAAGUUGAAGAAACAGUAACUUUCACGUUGAAAAAAUAUGGCAGCGUGGAAAUCUUGUUCAGUAAUGCUGGCAUCUCAGGGCCUUUAUCUACCAUUCUUAACUUUGAUCUGAAUGAAUUUGACAAUACCAUGGCCGUGAAUGUUCUUGGCGCAGCAGCAUGUAUAAAGCAUGUAUCGCGUGUCAUGGUGGCUAGAAAAAUACGCGGAUCUAUAAUAUGUACAGCUAGUGUUGCUGGUUCUUUCGGAGGAUGUGCGGGUCAUGAUUACACUGCAUCAAAACAUGGUCUUCUUGGCUUUGUUCGUUCAGCCUGCAGUGAGCUGGGAGCUUAUGGGAUUAGAGUGAAUUGUAUCUCGCCAUAUGCAGUUGCCACGCCUCUUACCUGUGAAGCAUUUAACAUGGAUGCAAGUGAAGUUGAAGCUAUUGGCCAUAUUAAUGCCAAUUUACAUGGAAUCACUUUGAAGUCCAAACAUAUUGCAGAAGCUGCUUUGUUUCUUGCUUCUGAUGAAUCAGUUUAUAUAAGUGGACACAACCUUGUUGUGGAUGGAGGCUUCUACUCGGUUAAUCGUUGUCUUCCCAGUAUUAAAAAUUAG